ACAGUGUGGCGACAUGGAGUUCAGCCAGUGAAACACUUCAUGUGUUAAACUUGUUAAAGGGGAAGUGAUGAAGCUGAAGGCGUCUCGCUGCUGCUCAGACUGAUGUUCAGUCGUCAUCCAGACACGAUGAAGACUCCGUGUGUCUCUCUGCUCCUCGGUGUGUGUGUGCUGCUGCUGUCUGCACCGACUGUUUCUGCAGUGUCUCUGUCUGUCAGUCCAAACCUUCAGCAGUUCUUCAGUGGAUCUUCAGUGUCUCUGAGUUGUGUUGAUGAUGGACAGACAGCUGAUGGAUGGACAGUGAAGAGGACCAGAGGAGGACUCACUGAGGACUGUGGAGCAGCUGGUUCAGAGUUUAGUAGGUUUAACAGUUCCUUCUGUGUUUUCGGUCUCUCCACUGGUGGAAAUUUCCUGUGUGUAAGCUCAUCUGGACAGCAGAGUGAUGAAGUCUCCAUCAGUGUCUCAGAAGGAGGUGUGAUCCUGGAGAUUCCUGCACUUCCUGUCAUGACAGGAAGUGAUGUCACUUUGUACUGUACACCCAAAGAGGGAGAAAGACGAAAAUCUUCCUUCAUCAGAGAUAAUGUUCCACUUGGAUCUGGACCUGAAGGAAAGUGGAUUCUCUCUAAAGUCCAGCGGUCUGAUGAAGGUCUCUACUCGUGUUAUACUGAUAUUCAUCCACGUUCUCCUCAGAGCAGACUGAGGGUCAGAGAUCCUCCUCCCACCACAACCUCUCCUCUUCUUCUCACUACUUUCCCUCCCUCCUCUUCCUCUCCACACUCUUCCUCCUCCCUUCCUCUUUAUCUCCUGGUCCUCCCUGUAGUCCUGGUCCUGGUCCUGGUUGGAGGUGUGGUCCUGUGGAGGAAACAGAGAGGUAUGUCUCACCUGGACUAACCAGGUAACCCCUUUAACCUGAGGCUCUCUGAGAGUGACAGUCAGACUUUACUCUUGGUGAUUUGAUGGCCUACUUCCUGUUGCUAACCGAGAUGAUGCUCAGAUCUGCCAGCUAAGCUCCACCCUCCAUUAAGCUUCGCUCAUUCUGGAGGUGAAGGUGUUUCUAAUGGUCGAUGGUGGUGACGUCCAGACACCAUGAAGACGGCUGCGCUGCUCGUCUUCGGUGAGUCCCUAAAUCAUUGGCUCGGAGUGUGAGACACACCAUAGCUGACCUCUGAGCAGGUUCUGUUGGAGAGUUUCUGUGGCCACGCUGUGACCAUUAGUUACUGCAUAGCUGACAGUAAACAUCCUGGAUGAUGCUGGAAACAAAUUCUGUGACAUGUUUGAAUGAAAGCUGAAGAUGAUGUGAGUCGCUGGCUACGGUGGCCCUGAAGUGCAAAC